AUGGCGUCGAACGCGUUUGUGUUAUGCAAAGUGCGGCAUAGUGUGAGUCUGUCGCCAUGUCAUGUUAUGAACGCACGUGUGGGUAUCGAACAACAUCUAACGGAACAGCUUAUGCGCUACUCGGAGCCUCUACAAGGCGUCAUACUAAGCUUUAGUAACAUUCAGCUGAACAAGCCUUACGGUGUCAUUGUAAACGAGAUGCCAUAUAUCCAUUGCAAAGUCUUAACCGAUGCGCUCGUUUUUCAACCGAAGAAAGGAAUGGUGCUGCGUGGUUUUGUCAAUAAGAUCGGUAGUAAUCACGUCGGUAUGCUAUUUGCUGGUGUCUUCAAUGGCUCUGUGGCGGAGGCUGAACUUCCAAAAGGAUACGUGCAUAAUUAUGCCCAGGAUUGCUGGUUGAGCGAAAAUGGUUCCUCUAUUUCCGUAGGAAACGAAAUUGACGUCAAAGUGCUGAAUGUUCAUGUUGCGGGUAGUAUGGUCGCGAUUGAAGCCACGAUGCUUUUUAAUGACAUUGUGAAGGCUGUGUCGACGAAGGUGAAGAAAGCCAAGCAUCUCAAUCUGGUUGCUGGAGAACCAGUGACGAAAGAGAAGAAGGUAAAGAAAAGUAAAGGCAUUGAGAAGCAUAAAAAGGUGACUAAGGACAAGAAGCGCAAGCACGACAAAAUUGUUCACGACGAUGCAGUGCGACAAGAAGCUGAGCCCGUUGAAGUAAAAGAGGUGACAUUGAAAAAGCAUAAACACAAGGACAAAGAUGCCAAGAAAAAAAAGAAGCACAAGAAGAGCAAACACGACUAG